UAUAAAUCGCAUUACAGCAAAAGCAGUAUAGAAACGAGAGGGAAUAGAGAUCGCAUUCAGCAAUAUAAUAUUUUUCUAUGUACCUAUGACAUACUGACAUUAAUAUUUAUAAACACUAUUAGUUAACGCGUAAGACGUUAAGACGAAAUUCACUCUACUAUAUUAUUAAAAUACAGUAGAGUGAAUUUGUUGGUAGUAUGGUCUAGUUGUAUUUGUUCAUGAGCUGUUAUAUAUAGUUUUAUUUUUGUAAACCGGAAGCAUUUAAAUAAAAUAUACAUUUUUGUUGUGUGAAAGGUAGUUCUUUGAACUAUUUAGAAUAUAAAAGGAGGAUAGAUCAUGCAAUCGUUUGGAGAAUGGGGAAGUGACAUCUUCGUCUCUUUCGGUUAGCAAAAUCAUACAUCUUCAAUUGGCAACACAUCUUAAGACGAUUAUUAAAAAAGCCAUAUAUAUAGUUUAUUCCGUUUUGUGUCCUAUAAUAAUCUUUUUUAAUAUAAGAAGAAAAAAUAUUUUUAAAUCUGUACUGGCAUGGAUAGAUGAAAAUUUUUUACCAUAUCCAUAUCCAACUAUUGGUUGGCGUUGUCAGUUGUCAUUUGAUAUAUUGAUGUUUGUACUGACAAAAAACAUUUGUAAAUGUGAAUUUUGUAAACGGUUUCUGUAAUAUAGUUAAAAUUAAAGUAUAUUUAACGUUUAUUACGGAUAAAUUAUAAACUAGAGCUAGUGUGUAUUUUUUAAAUUUUCCUUUAAAUAAGCAAAUAUGUGUCUUACAUACAUGAAAUUACAAAAGUAGUUUGGUUGAGCAUCAUGUCGAAUUUUAAUACAGAAUUUAUAAUGGAACUUUUCUUAGACGAUAACGUUUCGACUUUAAACAGAUUAAUUGUUGCUACUGCAAAUACUGUUAACGAAAAUUUAGAAAAUAUAUCUUAUAUCAAAAGAACUUUAUUAAAACAUCAAGGAAUUAUAGUUCAGCCUUCUGAUCAAUUUCGGUCUGUCAAAGAUGUAACAAUCCCCUACGAAAACAAGAAUUUUUUUGAACUGAUUGUCAAAAAUUUUACAAAUGAAGAGUACAUUAUUAAAUUUAAAAUGCAAAAGGCUACAGUACAGGCCUUAAUAACAUUUUUAAAAGAUCAUUUUAAACCUGGUGGUUCCAUAGUCCCUCUUGAUAAAAAGGUUCAUGUGUUCCUUUGGGCAUUAGUUAAUGAUUGUUCAUUCAAAGAAGUUGGACAAAUUUUUGGAUUACAUAAAUCAUCAGUAAGUUAUAUUUUUCAUGAAAUUGUCAUGUUACUAGCAGAACAGCGAUAUCAGUUCAUCAAUUGGCCUUCAUUGGAGGAGCAACAUAUAACAAGAGUAAAAGUCAAUAGUAAGUAUGGAUUUCCAAACUGUGUGGGUUUUCUUGAUGCCUGUAGACUUAAGGUUGGUUCAAAAAGAAAAAAAAGGCAAGUUAGUAAUUUUAUCCUUCUCCAAGCUGUUUGUGACGAAACCUUGAUGUUUAUUGAUAUUCACAUUGGAGAAAUAGGCAAUACUGUGAAAGGUAAAGUUUUUAGGGAAACUCAAUUAUCCCAAGAGCUUAAGAACUUCAUAGACUUUGAUAAUCAUAUAUUAGGUGAUUGUGAAUAUAAAUUGAGAAAGAACUUGUUAAUACCUUUCUCUCGUGAAGAGCUGGUAUCAAAUGAAGAAAUUAAAUUCAAUGAAAUACAUUGGAAGGCUCAUUCAUACAUUGGAAGUGCAUUUGGGUUGUUAAAGGAUAGAUUCCAAAAGUUAAAUCAUAUUGAUAUCAAUAGGCCAGAUGCGGUUCAAGCUUUAAUAUGUGCAGCUUGUGUCUUACAUAACUUUGUGCUGUUACAUGAAGGCACACCAGUAAAAGAAGAAGCGGUAAUUAAUGAUGAAGGUGUCUCAAUUGAUACUAAUGUAGUUAAGAGUGCAGUUGAAAAGAGACAGUUUAUAUGUAAUUAUAUUAAUUACAUCCAUAAUUUGAGUUAGUUUUGAAGAUUAAAUAUUUAAAAAUGUCA